AUGCUGGAUGGAGAGCCCGUGAUAGCCUACUGGACAGGGUAUGAUGGGGAAGGCUUUGGAUUCGGACAUAUCAGUAUUCUCAACAGUUCAUACGAUGAGAUUCAUCGAGUCACACUUGACUGCAAGUCCGAGAAGUUCGUGACCGUCUUCGAGCCGAUGGAAUUUGACUCAUGCAUUGAUAUUCACGAAAGUCAAUUCACCGACAACGGCACUAUUCUAGUGACGGCCGUCAAUGUCACACAGGCCGAUCUUAGCUCUGUAGGAGGCCCCAAGGAUGGCUGGAUCCAAGACGGACUGAUAUAUGAGAUUGAUCUCAAGACCAACGAGAUUCUUUUCCGCUGGAGUGCGCACGAGCAUAUUGAUCAAGUGAAACUCAGUUAUUUGCGCGCCCCGCUUGAUGGGUCUGGGGUUAACCAAACGAAUCCAUAUGGAUAUCCUCACCUAAAUGCCAUUUAUAAAUAUGGGGAUAGCUACCUGCUAUCCUCGCGUUAUAUGUGCAGCAUUUUCUUCAUUGAUCCAAACGGCAACGUUACCUGGCAUCUUCAUGGCCAAACAGGCGGUGACUUUAAACUGGGACUCGGAACUAGCUUUUGCUACCAACAUGACGCACGAUUUGAAUAUCAGAGUGAUGAGCGAGUCACAUUGGCAUUGCACAAUAACGAGAAUGCUGACUUCUCGGCCCCUACGACCCUCACCACCGGUUUGCUCUUGGAUGUUGAAUUACAAGGCGCAAAACGAGUGACUCUCAAGCGACGCACCUGGGAUGCGGACGAGCCGGUCUAUGCCCAGUCUCAGGGAAGCUACCAGUCUCUUGCAAAUGGUCAUAUUUUACAAGACCAUGGAGCUACUCCGAAGAUCGAGGAGUAUGAUGAGAAUGGUACUAUAGUCAUGCGUGCACGCUUUGGCUACGAUAAUACCAUGCAGACAUACCGCACAUAUAGAUAUCCCUGGACAGGAAAUCCAUCGACUAAGCCGGACGUUGUUGCGUGCGUCUCGCGUGAGACCAGCAAGACAACUGUCCAUGUGAGCUGGAAUGGUGCAACGGAUGUCAAGUCAUGGAAGAUCUACUCUGGCUCUCAGGCCAAAAAAACCGCAUUGCGUAAUGGAUUUGAGACUUCUAUCGAAGUCGAGGGUCUGGCUGGUGGUGAUGAGAUUAUUGUCGAAGCGAUCGGUGGUAUCGGAAAUGGAACUAGAUCUGAUUCUAUGAAAGUUGGCCAAGGUUGCAAGUCGGUAUAG